ACGUAGUAUGGGCAGGAGCUGGUUGUGAAGCCGGAGCGGCCAUCUUGAAGCAUCAAGGAGAGCUAUAGGAAGACAGGAGACAGGCCGGGCCCCGGGGCCGGAGGAGGAGGAGGAGAGGGCCCUGGAUAGCCGUGUACACGGGGGAAACAUGUCUGAGACAUACGACUUUCUAUUCAAGUUCCUGGUCAUCGGCAGCGCAGGAACGGGGAAGUCCUGCCUCCUGCACCAGUUCAUUGAGAGCAAAUUUAAACAAGAUUCCAAUCACACAAUCGGCGUGGAGUUUGGAUCCAGGAUCGUGAAUGUUGCCGGGAAAUCGGUGAAACUCCAGAUCUGGGAUACAGCAGGGCAGGAAAGGUUUAGGUCUGUUACACGCAGCUACUACAGGGGAGCAGCAGGGGCAUUGCUGGUCUACGACAUUGCAAGCCGGGAGACUUACAAUUCUCUCACCAACUGGCUAACUGAUGCCCGGACACUGGCCAGCCCCAACAUCAUCAUCAUUUUAUGUGGCAACAAGAAAGAUCUGGAGGCGGAACGAGAGGUGACAUUUCUAGAGGCAUCCCGGUUUGCCCAAGAGAAUGAGCUGAUGUUUUUGGAAACCAGUGCUCUGACAGGAGAAAACGUGGAAGAAGCUUUCUUAAAAUGUGCUCGGACGAUAUUAAAUAAAAUAGACUCAGGAGAGCUUGAUCCAGAAAGGAUGGGAUCUGGGAUCCAGUAUGGAGAAGCCUCGCCACGGCACGCAAAGCACAUGCAUGGGACACAGCUGCAGAACAGACAGCAGUGCAACUGUUAAGCAGCAAGACAGAAAUAUUCCUGUGAAUCUACUGUUCAGACGGAGAUGCACUUUUCGUCAUGCCCCCCAGGACUAGACUGCACGUACCCCUGAAAUAUUGCACUUAAUCUACAUGAAGGAUACCCCACCUAUCUCUUUCCCCCCUCCUCUCUCUCUCUCUCUUUCUAUAUAUAUAUAUAUAUCUCUGUGUUUAGAAGCCCCCAUGACGGCCUGGCUCCUGAUACGGCUCUCAACGCACCCUUAACAUUAAAGAAUCCCCCUUCCAUGCUUCUCUUACAGCCUGUAACCUCCAUUCCAUUAAAGUAC